AUGCCCAUUUACUUGUUUCCUUUCUCCAACCCUCUUUUUGUUUUCUAAAGGUGUCAAAGCUACACAGAACAAAAUCUAACAAGUGUCUCAGAAUUCUUCCUCACGGGACUCUCAGAUAAUCCAGGACUGCAGCCCCUCCUCUUUGGGCUCUUCCUGUCCAUGUACCUGGUCAGUGUGUUUGGAAACCUGCUCAUCAUCCUGGUUGUCAGUUCUGACUCUCACCUCCACACCCCCAUGUACUUCUUCCUCUCCAACCUGUCCUUGGCUGACAUCGGAUUCAUCUCCACCACUGUCCCUAAGAUGAUUGUGGACAUCCAAACUCAGAGCAGAGUCAUCUCCUAUGUGGGCUGCCUGACUCAGAUGUCUUUUUUGAUCCUUUUUGGAUGUAUGGAUGGUAUGUUUCUGACUGCAAUGGCAUAUGACCGAUUUGUGGCCAUCUCUCAUCCUCUACACUACUCAGUCAUCAUGAACCCACAUCUCUGUGGCUUCUUAGUUUUGGUGUCCUUUUGUGUUAGCCUUUUGGACUCCCAGUUGCACAAUUUAAUCGUGUUGCAACUUACCUGUUUCAAGGAUGUGGAAAUUUCUAAUUUCUUCUGUGACCCUUCUCAACUCCUCAACCUUGCCUGCUCUGACACUUUCACCAAUAACGUAGUCAGGUAUUUUGUUGGUGUCAUCUCUGGCUUUCUCCCUAUCUCAGGGAUCUUUUUCUCUUACUAUAAAAUUGUUUCUUCCAUUCUGAGAAUCCCAUCAACAGGUGGGAAGUACAAAGCCUUCUCCACCUGUGGCUCUCACCUGUCAGUUGUUUGCUUAUUUUAUGGAACGGCUAUUGGAGUAUACCUUGGAUCAGCACUGUUGCCUUCUCCCAGGAAGGAUGUGGUGGCCUCAGUUGUGUACACCGUAGUCACCCCCAUGCUGAACCCCUUCAUUUACAGCUUGAGGAACAGGGACAUCAAGAGUGCCCUAUGGAGGUCACUCAGAAGACUAGGAUAA